AUAAUUAGUUCCACCGGUCAGGUAGACCCAGGUCAGCUUUACUAAAUUUCCCCUUCCCUCUCCUCUACGCGACUUGUCUAACAACAUUCUUUACUUGUUCCGGCAACUUCUCCGAUCAGGUGCACUUUGCUUUGUAGAUGUUGGAAUGACCACAGCAACAAUGGUUCAAUGUUGGAUUGCUUCUUAAAACCCUUAUUCAUAGUCAAGGUUGAAGUAUUAUGUUAGCCAGAUGUGCCGUAAGGCGGCUUUGUGCUCUUUUCAGGUUGUGUGAUAGUGGUGUUUUCGUGAACAGAAUCCAGUUCAAGCAUCUUUGAUUCUUGAUAGCUAUGCUACCCACAGGGGUGAAAGAUACACAAAAUCGUGAAAGCAACAGCCAAAAAGUCCACCCUCAACCCAUGGAAGAGACCAAUAAUCAGAAUCCUGAAGCUUUGGAAGGCCUGAUAUCCAAAAUUUUUACAAACGUUUCCUCCCUUAAGUCAGCUUACAUACAGCUUCAAGCUGCUCAUACUCCCUAUGACCCUGAUAAAAUCCAAGCUGCUGAUAAGCUCGUAAUUUCUGAGCUGAAGCAUCUAUCUGAACUCAAGCAUUUUUAUAGGGAAAACAAUCCCAAGCCAGUAUGUGUUUCUCCUCAAGAUUCUAGGUUAGCAGCUGAGAUCCAAGAACAACAGAGCCUACUGAAAACCUAUGAAGUCAUGGUAAAGAAAUUCCAAUCUGAAAUUCAGAACAAAGAUUGUGAGAUCCUUCAGUUGCAGCAGCAAAUUGAGGAGGCAGAUCAGAAGCAUGUUAAACUGGAAAAGAAUCUAAAACUUAGGGGCUUGUCUACCAAAGAAUCUGAACUUUCUACUGGGGAAAAUGGAUUUUUUCCUGUGGAUCUGACUCCUGAUCUCUUCACCUUAGCUGUUGAAGCUACUUACAAAGCUAUUCAUGACUUUUCAAAACCAUUGAUCAACAUGAUGAAAGCUGCUGGUUGGGACCUUGAUGCUGCAGCUAACUCAAUCGAGCCCAAUGUUGUUUAUGCCAAGAGAGCUCACAAGAAAUUUGCGUUUGAGUCUCACAUAUGCCAAAGAAUGUUCAGUGGCUUUCAGCAUGAAAAUUUCUCCAUUAAAUUAGAUGAUAUUACAGUUAGUAAAGAGAGCUUCUUCCACCAAUAUCUCGCUCUGAGGGAGAUGGAUCCAUUAGAUGUGCUGGGCCAAAAUCCGGAUUCUAUUUUUGGUAGAUUUUGCAGGAGCAAAUACCUAGUGGUAGUUCAUCCAAAGAUGGAAGCUUCAUUCUUUGGAAACCUAGAUCAGCGAAACUAUGUGAUGGGAGGUGGACACCCCAGGACUCCAUUUUACCAGGCAUUCUUAAAACUGGCCAAGUCAAUCUGGCUUUUGCACCGGCUGGCUUACUCUUUUGAGCCUAAUGUAAAAGUCUUUCAGGUUAAAAGGGGGAGUGAAUUCUCCGAGGUUUACAUGGAAAGCAUGGUAAAGAAUUUGGUAAUUGUUGAAAAUGAUCAGAAGCCUAAGGUUGGGCUAAUGGUUAUGCCUGGGUUUUGGAUAGAAGGCAGCGUGAUUCAGAGUCGAGUUUAUCUCUCAGGAAUGAAGGUUGAUGAAUAAUAUUACCGUGAUAGAGCAAAGCAAAUCUUGCCCCAAGUACUGAUGUUAAAUUCCAGUUUGCUGCUUUUGUGUUAUUAUUUGAUUUUAUCGUUGUACUAAUGUAAUUGUAUCUCGACAUAUACUCAGUUCUUCGUUUUUGUUGGCCAAAUCUCUAUGAUGGAUACAUUGUUUACUGACCUUUCAUAUUAUUUUCUUCGGGAAAAUGGAGACAGGAGCCGACCCAGGCAGGUGAUCAACUUUUCUCUGUUGUCAAUCUGCAUUGCCUUCCCUUUCCGUGACUGAAAGAAAUGAUAGAUUUGCUUUAAGAAAAAUCUUAUUGAUUU